AUGAGCGAAUCAGAUGGUCAGCAGCGCAUGUCGCUGCUCGUUAGGAACCUGAGCUACCAGACAAGUCCAGAGGCAGUGCGCAAUGCCUUCGCGGUAUAUGGAUCGGUGAAGGACGUCUAUCUGCCACUGGACUAUCAUAGUCGCUUGCCUAGGGGCUUUGGAUUUGUCGAGUUCUGGCACCGGGAGGAUGCAGAGCGCGCGCUCGAGAAGAUGGACGGCUUCGAGCUCGAUGGCAAAGCGAUCGAAGUCGCCAUUGCAAAGAAGGGGCGGUCUGCCCCCCAACAAAUGAAGCAACGAGAUGAGCGGGGACGCAGGGAUGUCUCUCCCCGUGGUCGCCGCUACGAGGAUGAUCGGCGAUACAGCCGAAUGGAUUCGCCCCCUCGUCGGCGAUACGGCAGUCGAGAACGGGGGGGUCGUGAUUAUCGAGACAGAGGCUGGUGGGGAGCUUACGACAGGAGAGAUCGCGAAAGGGAAGACGGUGGACACGGCUAUAGAGGAGGUGGCGGCGGCUAUAGAGACGAUUAUCGAGACUCUCGGAGGCGCUCGCACGCGAAGCCGGAGCCCGCGCAGCCGUUCACCACGUCGAUCUCCCUCCUACAGUGGUGA